AUGUUUCUGCCCAAGAACACUACCUCCUUGAUCCAGCCUAUGGAUCAAGGAGUUAUAAGUUCGUUCAAGAGGAUUUACCUACGUAAAUACCUGGAUGACGUGUUGGUUGUGCUGGAGACAGAGGAUGGUGCAGUUGAGGAUACUAGAGGCAAGAGAACGUUGGCUAACAUAAAAAACUACAACAUAAGAGCUGCUAUUUAUAACAUGUAUGAGGCCUGGAGAGAAAUGAAACACACAACAUUUACUAAUGCCUGGAAGAAACUUAUGAAGGAUGAAGAUUACUGCGCCGAUUUUGAAGGCUUCGAGGCUACAGACUUUCACCAGCUACUGAAAAAGUCUGGGGAAGAGGAAGUAACAGUGGAUGACGUGGAUGAGUGGUUGGAAGAAAAUGAUCAAACACAAGGAAAUGAAAUUCUCAACACUGAACAAAUAGUAGCGGCUGUGACGGGUGAGGAGAGCGACAGUGAGGAUAGUGACUCAGGUGAGGUGAAACCUACAGUAAAGAUGAGCGUCGUUCGUGAAUGUGCUGAUGUCUUACUUAAGUUUGUUGAAGAUUGCUCUCGGCAAGACAUCCAGAUUCACUAUGAUCAACUUCGCCUGCUUCGAUCUAAAAUCAUUCGUAUGCAACACGAGUCUGGCAGACAGACUUUGAUAAAAGAGUUCUUCAAAUUGCAUUAA